GGCUAGUGCCCAGGGCUACGUAAUCUUCCCUGUCCCGCCCGCAAGUGGGAGUCGCCCGGCAACAGGGCUUCGCUGUGGAGCUGACCGGGGUGCUCUAUGGCAGAAAGAGAAUAUCCUGUAUUAAACUUGUCCCAAAAUCUAAAAGAAGAAUAGUGUGUGAAAUAAUGGCAACCGGAGACUUAAAAGGAAGUUUACGCAAGCUAGAACAAGGACUUCGCUUGUUAAACUAUCCUAGAGAUGUGGAUUACACAGGUUUUGUAAAGGGUGAUCCAGCUGCGUUUUUACCCAUCAUCAGUUAUUCCUUCACGUCCUUCUCAACUUACAUAGCAGAACUUUUGGUGGAAUCUGAUGUAGAGCUCACGGCUAAAAGCGAUUUGCGUUUUAUUGAAGCUAUCUAUAAGCUACUUCGAGAUCAGUUUCAAUACAAACCAGUUUUAACAAAACAACAGUUUCUCCAGUGUGGCUUUGCAGAAAGGAAAAUACAGAUUGUUUGUGACGUUAUCAAUGCUGUGAUGAAAAAGCAUAAGGAAUUAAGUAAUAUGAAUAAGGCUAAAUCUCAAACAAGAAAAAAAAACAGGUCUUUAAAAUCUGAGUCACAGGCAAAUUGUGAGAAACUUCUUGCUGAUUCUGUUAUUUGCAGGACUGUGAUUUCUCAGCAGAAACCUCAAGUGGAACGUCACCCAGAUAGUGAAGUUAAUGUGCAUGGCAAUAAUACAGCCAUUCCAGUAGAAGAAGAUAGUGAAGAAGAAUCCUGUGUAGCUGAUGAUGUUUUAGAAGUUGUGUGUGAACAAGCCACAGAAGAUAAUAGUCAAAUUGAGCUGCUAAAGAGCCAGCUUGCUGAUUGCCAAGAAAAACUUAAUAAGCUAAAUUGGAUGGAAGAUAAACUACAUGUUUUAGAAGAGAGAGUGAAAGGGAAGGUUAUUAUAGAUGAGAAGGACUGGAAUAAUCUCCUGAGCCGAGUCUUGCUUCUUGAAACAGAACUGUUAUUGCAGUCAAAAAAGGGUGACUUAUCUACAGAAUUUAACAAUAUGAGUGAAGACCAUACCUCUAGUAGGAAUAUGACUCCAGUUUCUCCUGAUAUUGAGAGGAAGGAGGAGAUGCCAGAGUCUCUUCAUCAGUCGUCUGGAUACAGUUCACUAUUAUCCACAGACCCAUCUCCUAAAGCCGUAACCAUUAAUUAUCAUGGUUUGACAGAGAUUUCAAAGGAGACAACAAGACAAAGAAUGGAAAGGAUAAGUAAAAUGAUUGAAGAAACUUCAGAAUUGCUGAAAAAUUCAAAGUAACACAUCGUAGACAAUUUUCUGUCUAGACUUCUGGAUCUCAAAACUAUUAUGUAAAUUUGUACAAUUUUAAAGUUAUUUUGAAUAUAUUAUCAGUUUUAAGGACUAUAAUUGUUUUAAAAUUGUUUUUAUUUUUACUUGAAGAAUAAAUGUUUUCUAAUA